AUGUUGCAACAUCGCGCGCCCUCGGACGGAGGUGGGCGGAAGAGGAGGGCGGGUGUGGGUGCGGGAUUCCGCCGGGGACGCGUGGGCCCGGGAGACUCGGCCAGGCAGACGGCCUGCCUCAGGAAAUCCAGAAUGGAGACGGGGAAGGUGAGUGGGCAGCGGAUGUGGCAGGGAUGGGCUGGGCAUGCAGCCCGCGCCCCACGCCUUGCAUGGCAAUCUUACCGCUCCCUCCAUGGCGAUCCCGGCACGGCGAUUGCCCGCGAGGCGUCCACGCGGAUGGCAGGGCAAUCCGCCCGGGUCCGUCGCGCCUGUUGGACUGGCCAUCGUCGUCUUCUGCGCGCCGCGGUGACCCCUGUUGCAACUGGAACGGGGCGCAAAUCUGAGUGA